CACCGUGCUGUGUUGACGUUGGCUUGUGUAUACUGUGCCGGUGAGAGUGGACGAUGUUUGGAUAAUGCGCUUACUAAACGAUACGACAAUGCUCUUCACGUUAAUAAUCAUCUAUAUAGCGUCUGUGAAAUCAAACGAACUUGAAACAAGUACAAUAAGUUCCACUGAAUUUGAAUCAGGACUUGUGAAAGCGGAAAAAAAUGAUACCUGUACGACUUGUAUAAAAAUUAACACAACGUGUUACAACGUUUCCUACCUUUUCGAAAUUGAUGCUCCUUUUAGAAGCACUAUAAUCAUCAGCAAACUAAGUGUUAUGAGAUCUACGAACACUCUAUAUUACAGCUUCGAGCCUAAAAUUGAAGAUGACGAGUAUUAUAAAAUUGGAUUUACUAAUUUGGACGAUCCAGUUAACAGCAGUGUAAUUUCGGGCGGAAAACAAAUUAUGAACUUCGGCACCUUUGAUAUUGAUCAAGAUAACGGUUUGGUUUAUUUAGGAGGCAGCGAUGGAGUUUAUGUUUUCGACACCAAGAUGAACAGAGUAGCUCCAUACAGCUCUCGCGGAGAUACUGUUAUGAAUGUUUUUUUCAAAGGAAACAUUUAUUUUGUCCGUUAUGGCGAAUUUAAGAUAGUUAAAAAGAAAGGCGACACUUUCGAUAUUUUGAUCGACUUUAUGCCCGUCAAAAUGUUUGUGAUUAAUAAGUAUAACGUUAUAGUUUUUCUAAGUUUCUACGGACUUUUCGUUAAAAGAGGUGAUGAGACUAUGUGGUUAUCUAAGAAUGCUUUUUUCAGAGGUUUAGUUAUAGAUAAUCACGAUGUUAUAUAUGCUUGGUGGAUCGACGGUAUUUAUCAAGUUGUAAUUGAACCUAAGUUAGGAGAUUCGAGGAUUGUAAAAGUAGCAAACAUUCCCUCAAUAGGAGCAGUAACAUUUGACAAGGAAAAUAAUUUCCUGUUCACGGCGGGCAAAAGUUUGUACAGGCUAAUAGAAACGGCGUUGAAAGUUUGUUAAUUAAUGUUUUACUUUGCUAUGUUGUUUUAUUAAGGUAAUUUGACGCCUAUUCUCGUUUAAUAGUGUACUUAGAUUAAAUUGACUAGACUCCGUUAACUACGGAUUAAUUAAUGUAAAGUGAUACUUUGGGUUUGUCUAUAACUUAUUAACGCUAUACGGUAACUGUUUUAUUGACUGUGUACAGCAAUUAAUAUAGCUAUUACCUACUUCAGUGCAACCAGUGGUUUGAUAGCGAAAGUUUGAUUAUCACAUAACGAUGCGAUGGCACUCUCGCAUAAUUGCGUAUUUAGGUGAAGAGUGGAAUCAUCAUCGUCUUCAACCUAUUUACGGACCAGUCAGGUGUUCACUCUCUUGUUAGAGAGGGAUUUGUAGCUUAGAUCCACCACGCUCCUCCAGUGCGGGAUUGCGAACCUUAACGAUGUUUUAUUACAUGUGUACGAUAACUUGGAACAAUAAGUCAAUUGAUGUUUCCGCUAUUUAAGAAUAAUAACAACUCAUAUUAAAAAUGGUUUUUGUUACGCUGUAAAAGAUAUUACUAUGUUAACAUUUUAUUUUUUAUUUUUCAUUAAAUAAAUAAAUAACAAUUCAUACUGCAUACUACACGCUAUGGUGUAGUGGUGCUUAAAGUGCUCUUCAAGAUUGUGUGACGUAUGUUUGUUGUCGCCAUCAAUUUCAAACCUCGGGGCAAUUUUUUUUUUUUUUUUUAUAUUCUGGGGUAAUUUUCGUUCGUAACUGUAAUAGAGCCAAGGAUCUCGUGAUCCGUAUUCGAACAUGCGUACCAACGAGGCUGUUAGUCAUACAAUGUAUAAUAUGUAGUUAUACAGAAACAACACAACAGAGUUUUGCAUUGCGUAGUCUUCAUCAUUACCGGCCCACUUCAGGGCACGGGACUGGCAGAAAAAUAAGUGUUUAGGCCGUUGUCUACCACGCUGGCCAAGUGCGGAGUGGUAUACUUCACACGCCGUCAAGAACUUUAUGGAGAACUCUCAGGUAUGUAGGUUUCCUCGCGAUGUUUUCCUUCCCCGUUUAAAGCAAGUGAUAUUUAAUUUGCUAAAAUUAAAACGCACAUUACUCCGAAAAGCCAGUGGAGUGUGCCCGGGCUCGAACUCGGUGGUCACCAAAGGAAAGCCGAAACCUUACCCACUAGGCUAUCACCGCAUUGCGUAA